UUGCAUGAACGAAAGACGGUUAUGGGAAUGGCACCUUAUUUGACAAGAACAGUCAGGAUAAUGGUGCCUAUUUACAACAUUGUGAAGAUACCCUUUUACUUUAUGCUAUUAAAGUUUUAUGACUGGCUAAGCUGGGGUAGUGCAUUAGGAAGAAGCUAUCUGCUGCCUGAAAAAAACGCAUCGCUCUACUUUAAUAAUCUCAAAAGACAAGAUUUAAAGAGUGCAAUGAUUUAUUAUGAUGGAAUGAUGUUUGACUCUAGAAUUAAUGUAAUGCUUGCCACGACUGCAGCAUUCUAUGGCGCAACUGUUGCUAAUCACACCAAAUUUAUAGAUUUUAUUAAAAGUGAGACUGGCCAAAUUGCUGGCAUAAAAGUAUCAGAUGAAAUCAGUGGAGAGGUGUUUUGUGUGAAUGCUAAGGUUAUUAUAUCAUCAGCAGGCCCAUUUACUGAUAGCAUCUGCAGAAAAAACAACCAUGCCGAAAACCUGAUGAUUCCAAGUAUUGGCACUCAUAUAGUUAUCAAGCCUGGAUUUGGCACUGAAGACAUGGGUAUUCUCGAUACAACAACAUCUGAUAACAGGGUUGUCUUCAUUUUGCCAUGGAACAAUCAUACAAUAGUUGGCUCAACUGAAAGUGAAGGGCUGGCAAGCUCACAGAUAAAGCCAACUGAAGAUGAGGUAAACUUCCUUUUAAAUGAAAUAAAUAAGUACACAGAUAAAAAAAUAACAAAGAAAAGCAUAACCUCUGCCUGGUCAGGAGUACGUCCACUGAUUAAAAACAACUUUAAGGGAAGUACAGAGUGUAUCGUGAGAAAAUUUAAGAUAUUUGAUGAUAGAAACGGAUUGAUAAUUGUAGCAGGGGGGAAAUGGACAACAUUCAGAUCAAUGGCGGAGAAAACUAUUGAUCUUGCCAUCAAAAACUACCAUUUAGAAGCCUUGAAUGGUUGCCUAACAUCUCAAAUACAAGUGCUUGGAAGUAGGAAAUAUUCGAGGGAUCUGUUUUACGAGAUUUCUAGGGUUUUAGAAGUGGAUAUUGAAUAUUCAAAGCACCUAUUAAAUAUGUAUGGCGACCAAGUAUUUAAAUUGAAAAGGUAUAUCAAAAAAUAUCCAGCAAGGCUUAGUAGUAAGUAUCUAUUUACCGAAGGUGAGGCUAUUUACUGUUUAGAAAGUGAAAUGGCAGUAAAUUCGUCUGACAUUGUCAACAAUAGAUUUGGAGUUGGAUACUAUGAUGUUGAAGAGGCCUACCAAAUGGUUCAGAAGGUGGACACGCUAUUAAUUGGAUAUUUUAGCAAGAAAGACACCAAGUACGAGCCUGAUCAGAACUAUACCAAAGCUGCACUAGUGUCUCUUGGAUAUGAACUAAUAUCAAAAUUCAAAGAUGCAGAUUAA